GAUGCAAGUGAUGAUGAAUUUGCGGAAUUUCUCUUUAAUCGUAUGAUUUAUGACUAUCAUCAGAAAUACUUUAACAAAGCAAAGGUUUUGACAUCUUUAUUGUCUGGUCGUGAGUUUGUUGCUGAAGUAUUAAGUGGAUCUGGAACAAGUUGUUUUGAAUUAUUUCGUAUGAAGAAAGAAUGUUUUGUGAGUUUUUGUAAUGAGUUAAGGGAGAAGAACUACUUAGGUGACUCAAGAGAUGUGCUUGUUGAAGAGAAAGUUGCUACAUUUUUAUUCAUAAUUGGUCAUAAUGUUCGUCAUAGAGUUGCAUCAAACCGCUUUCAACAUUCCACUGAAACAAUCUCACGCAAUUUCAAGGAGGUAUUAAGGGCGGUGUGUCGAUUCGGAAAGGAACUAAUAAAUCAAGAGUCGAAAGAGUUACCUGAAAGAAUUAAAAAUAAUUCAAAAUACUAUCCUUGGUUUAAGAAUUGCAUAGGCGCAAUUGAUGGUACACAUAUAAGUGCAUCGGUUCCCGCAGAAAAACAAAUUUCAUGUAGAGAUAGAAAGGCAACUAUCACACAAAAUGUCAUGUGUGCUUGUGAUUUUAACAUGAUGUUUACGUAUGUAUAUUCGGGAUGGGAAGGAAGUGCACAUGAUUCAAAGAUUCUUUUGGAUGCCAUUACAAAUCAAAAUGCGGGAUUUCCUUGGCCACCAAGAGGUUCUUUUUAUCUCGUUGAUUCUGGGUAUCCAUGUAUUGGAGGUUUUCUUCCCCCUUACAGGGGUGAAAGGUAUCAUGCACAAGAAUAUAGAGGUCAAGGUAGAAAACCCAAAAAUCCAGAAGAGUUAUUUAACUAUAGACACUCGUCUCUAAGGAUGACAAUUGAGCGUUGUUUUGGAGUGCUAAAAAAUAGAUUUCCUAUUUUAAAGUUGAUGCCUCCUUAUAAACCUUCUAGGCAACGACUUAUAGUUAUUGCAUGUUGUGCUAUUCAUAAUUACAUACGCAAGUGGAAUUUACCUGACGAGUUGUUUAGGAUAUGGGAAGAAAUGGAUCCUAUCGAACUUGAGGGGAUGCAAGAAGGUCCUAUCAUAGAAGGAACAAGUUCCAAUGUCAACAAUUUAACAAGGUUAUCUAAUGAAGGUGCUGCUGAAAUGGCAAUGGAGAGAAAUCUUAUUAGAGAUGACAUGUGGGUACACCGUAACAAUUAAGCGAACUAAUUAUCUCUCUUUUAGAUUUUCA